AUGGAAUAUUAUUGGUCAAUAUUGUUAUUUAUAGUGAUCAGCAUUCAUUAUCUAUUUAGAAAUUUCAAUUUCUUUAAAAGACAUGGUAUUAUACAUAUACCGCCUGUUCCAGUAUUCGGCGCCAUGAUAUCAUCUAUGUUUUUUCAAACAUCAUUCGUCGAUUGUCUUCUGAAGAUAUAUAAUUUUAAUCCAAAUGCAAAGUAUUAUGGAUUCUACUUCAUGACAACUCCAGUCUUCCUGCUUCGCGAUCCGGAACUCAUUAAGAAUAUCCUUGUUAAGAAUUUUGAAUCAUUUCCAAAUCGUUUGGAUUUUUCUGGUUCGAAUGACUCUUUACUUAAGAACAAUUUAUUUUCUCUUUGUGGAGAAAAAUGGCGGAAUGUAAGAAAUCUAUUGACACCCUCUUUUACGUCUAACAAGAUAAAAAUGAUGUUCACAUUAAUAUCGGAAAGUGCUCAGGAUUUUGCAAAAUUUAUAACGACAUUACCAGCAGAUAAAGGGUGUAUAAACAUGAAAGAUGCAUUUUCUAAGUAUACAAACGACGUCAUCGCCACAUGUGCUUUUGGAAUCAAAAUAAACUCUAUGAAAGAUCCAACGAACGAGUUUUACAUUAACGAACACAUUACACGUCCAGAUAUGCUACAAUUAAUGAUGGACAUUAGAGGCAAAGAAGGUCGCAGAGAACUAGACAUCGACGACAUGACUGCGCAGGCGUUUAUUUUUUUCCUUGGAGGCUUUGAAACCAGUUCAACUGCAAUAUCCUUCGUAGCUCACGAAAUCGCAGCUAACCCAGACGUUCAGACCAAAUUACAACAAGAAGUCGACAACAUUUUAAAGGAGUCAAAUGGAGAAGUUUCUUACGAAGCCAUUAAUCGGCUAGAAUAUUUAAAUGCGGUAAUAAGCGAAGCUCUGAGAUUAUAUCCCCCAUUUCCUAUUUUAGAAAGAAUAUGCGAAAAAGCUUAUGAAUUACCAUCCGCACUGCCUGACGAGAAACCUGUUAUCCUGAAAAAGGGUAUGACUGUUUGGGUUCCGGCUUUCGCAAUUCAACGUGAUGAAAAGUAUUAUGAUAAUCCGGAGAAAUUUGAUCCAGAAAGAUUUGUAAACAACAAGAUGCACGAUUCUUCAUGUUAUAUACCAUUCGGAUUAGGACCGAGAAUGUGCAUAGCUAAUAGAUUUGCCAUGCUGGCAGUCAAGGUCUUGCUGUUUCACUUAUUAGCACUAUGUGAGCUGAAACCUUCUGCAAAAACUACAUCGCCGGUAAAAUUUCGCAAAGAUCUGAUGAUAAUGCCGGAGAAUGGAUUCUGGUUGAAUAUUCAACGUAGAAAAGAUGUCCUGUGCUGAAAUCUUAUAGUGAUGGAUAGUUAAGCCUAAAAAACAUUUCAAAUAGUAAUAACAUAACUGUUAUAAAAAAUUACACUUUUUUGGCAUGU